CCCCGACCCUACCAAGCCCCGCCUCCACGCCCCGGACCAGCCGGCUCGCUCCGGCUCGCUCCGGUCCGGGGGGGGGGCCGGCCGGGGUUCCCAAGCCGCUUGCACUGCGACCCCCGCACCUCUGUGAACAUGGCGCUGCGAGCGGUGCGGAGCGUGCGGGCUGCGGUCCGCAGCCUGCGCGUCGCCGCCGCGCCCGCCGCGACCUGCCUACCGCGGCCCUGGGGACUGAGGGCGGGCCCCGUCCGGACACUGCGCACGGGCUCCGCUCUGCUCUCCGUGCGUAAAUUCACAGACAAACAUGAGUGGAUAACAACAGAAAAUGGUAUUGGAACAGUGGGAAUCAGCAAUUUUGCACAGGAAGCUUUGGGAGAUGUUGUUUACUGUAGUCUGCCUGAAGUUGGGACAAAACUGAACAAACAAGAUGAGUUUGGUGCUUUGGAAAGUGUGAAAGCUGCUAGUGAACUCUAUGCUCCUCUAUCAGGAGAAGUAACUGAAAUUAAUGAAGCUCUUGCAGAAAAUCCAGGACUUGUCAACAAAUCUUGUUAUGAAGACGGUUGGCUGAUCAAGAUAGCACUCAGUAAUCCUUCAGAACUGGAUGAAUUAAUGAGUGAAGAAGCAUACGAGAAAUACAUAAAAUCUAUUGAGGAGUGAAAAUGGAACCCCUAAAUAAACUAAUACAAGAAUUGCGGAGGGAGGAACAGUGCCACCCAUUUCAUUCUGAUACACACCAGCAACAAUAUUUAUCAACAGAUGUAAUACAUUCCUACUAUUUGUCAACUGAAUGGGAAGAAAGACAAUUCUCGAUCUGGAAAAACAAUGGACUAUUUUAGCCUUAUCGUCUUUAAGUUUCACUUCAAAAUUAUUACUAUUUUUUUUUGCACAUCAAAUUGA